AUGCAAAGUAUUGGAAGGACCAGAACUCAGUCUAGGCCCAGUAGAUCUGUGAAUUUAGGAGGCAUGGACUACCCAGAUCCCAAAAGGAAGGGAAACUUCGUUGGAAAGGUUGCUUUGGCUGCUAUCAUGACGACCGUAUGCAUUCUUGUGCUCAAGAAAUCCUCAUUCAAUUACGCAACCCCGUUCUCCAUGCGUGAAGAAGGAGUUACUCAUGUUCUUGUGACCGGUGGAGCUGGCUAUAUCGGUUCACAUGCUACAUUACGUCUUCUGAAAGAUGGUUACAGGGUGACCAUAGUUGACAAUCUUUCUCGAGGGAACAUUGGUGCUGUUAAAAUCCUACAAGAACUGUUUCCAGAGCCUGGGAGGCUUCAAUUUAUAUAUGCCGACUUGGGAGAUGCCAAAGCGGUAAACAAAAUAUUUGCAGAGAAUGCUUUUGAUGCAGUGAUGCAUUUUGCAGCUGUUGCAUACGUUGGAGAAAGUACCAUGUAUCCUCUAAAGUAUUACCAUAAUAUUACAUCAAAUACCUUGGUGGUGUUGGAGUCGAUGGCCAGGCAUGACGUGAGGACUCUGAUAUACUCUAGCACAUGCGCAACCUAUGGGGAACCUGAAAAGAUGCCUAUAACUGAAGAAACAACACAGGUCCCCAUCAAUCCAUAUGGAAAGGCCAAAAAGAUGGCAGAAGACAUGAUCCUUGAUUUUUCCAAGACAUCAGACAUGGCAGUUAUGAUUUUGAGAUACUUCAAUGUGAUUGGGUCGGACCCAGAAGGCAGAUUAGGGGAGUCUCCACCGCCUGAGCUGCGUGAGCAUGGACGGAUUUCUGGUGCAUGUUUCGAUGCAGCUCGUGGAAUCAUGCCAGGGUUGAAGGUUAAAGGAACAGACUACAAGACACAUGAUGGCACAUGUAUACGGGAUUACAUUGAUGUAACUGACCUUGUGGAUGCUCAUGUGAAGGCUCUGGAAAAGGCCGUACCUGGUAAAGUUGGAAUCUACAAUGUUGGCACAGGGAAAGGUAGAUCAGUGAAAGAGUUUGUGGAAGCAUGUAAGAAAGCAACUGGAGUGGACAUCAAGGUUGAUUAUUUGCCUCGCAGGCCUGGUGACUACGCCGAGGUGUUCAGUGACCCGAGUAAGAUAAGGAACGAACUCAACUGGACAGCGCGUUACACUGACCUGCAACAGAGUUUGAAGGUUGCCUGGAGAUGGCAGAAGGCUCACCGUGACGGGUAUGGGACCCCUUCAGUGAUGGCUUCUUGA